CAGAUAGGCAGCGCAUACGUGGGUGGAGCGCGCGGGUGUCUCCGGCGAGGAGAGCCUGGAAGGAAGGUAGUAGAGUGUGUGUGUGUGAGAGAGAGAGUGUGUGUGUGUGUGCAGGAGGGAGGGAUGUGACAGCAUGGUCUGGGUGUGAGGACGUCAGUGGAAGACGCGGCGGCAGCCUCCACAUGUCCACCUAGAAAGACGCACCUGGAGGGGUCUUUCUUUUUGUUGUUGUUGGGUUUUUAUUUUUUUAUAUAUAUGAUUUCUCAGUUUGUGAGUGGUCUUGGGAGAAGGCUCCUGGCUGGACCGCAUGCAUGACACAACGCAAAGGCGAGAAACCCACCAUCAGCAUCCAGGAGCACAUGGCCAUUGACGUGUGCCCGGGACCCAUCCAGCCCAUCAAGCAGAUCUCGGACUACUUCCCACGGUACCCCCGGGGCCUGCCGCCCUCGGGGCCCCCGCGCUCCGCUCCACCCGCCGCCGCCGCCGCUACUACCGUAGCUACCGAAAGUGAGCGCCCGGAUGAAGAGAGCCCGGACCGGGCGUUCGCCGGGGGAGCGUCGGCCUCCUCACCGGCGGCCACCAGGAGGGAGGAGGAGGAGCCCGACGUGGAGGGAUACGACUCGGACGACUCCACGACACUGGGAACACUGGACUUCAGUUUGCUGUACGACCAGGAGAACAACGCACUGCACUGCACCAUCAACAAAGCCAAGCUCCCUGUUCCCAGAUACAAAAAGGGGCUCAAGCCAAUGGACUACAAUGGGCUGUCAGACCCCUAUGUCAAGCUGCAUCUACUGCCUGGUGCCAGUAAGGCCAAUAAACUUCGAACCAAGACCCUGCACAACACGCUCAACCCCGUCUGGAGCGAGACCCUGACCUACUACGGCAUCACCGACGAGGAUAUGGUCCGAAAAACACUCAGGAUUUCAGUGUGCGAUGAAGACAAGUUCCGGCACAACGAGUUCAUCGGUGAGACGCGAAUCCCCCUCAAGAAGCUGAAGCCCAACCAGACCAAGAACUUCAACAACUGCCUGGAGAAACAGUUACCUGUUAACAAGACGGAGGACAAGUCGCUGGAGGAGCGAGGACGCAUCAUGAUUUCCCUCAAGUACAACACCCAGAAGUCCUGCCUGGUGGUGGGCAUCAUUCGCUGCGCUCAUCUGGCCGCCAUGGACGCCAACGGCUUCUCCGACCCCUACGUUAAAACGUACCUGAAGCCUGACGAGAACAAAAAGUCAAAGCACAAGACGGCUGUGAAGAAGAAGACGCUCAAUCCAGAGUUCAAUGAGGAGUUCUCCUACGACAUCAAGUAUGCAGACCUCACCAAGAAGACUCUGGAGGUGACGGUGUGGGAUUACGACCUCGGGAAGUCCAACGAUUUCAUCGGUGGUGUGUCUCUGGGCAUCAACGCCAACGGAGAGAGGCUGAAACACUGGUUCGACUGCCUCAAGAACAAGGACAAGAAAAUCGAGCGCUGGCACACGCUGACCAAUGAAUUACCCGGUUCACUAAAUGACUGAGACCGGAGACCGGAGCCCGACCCGGUUGGAGGCCUGCAUCCAUUCCAUCCAUCGCGUCCUGCUCUCCCCUCUCUUCAAGUACACUGACCUUCUCUCUCUCUCUACAGGGCUCAAGUGAAAGGAACUUUAUUACGGCAUGGCUUGGGGGUUCAUCGCUAUAGCAACGACUCGUGAAGGCGGUCCCGGGGAAGGAUGUAGCCAUGGGGAAUAUGCAUGUUUGCUAAUAUCGCAAAGAGUUCAAUGUUUAUUUUCUUGUCUUACACUCGACGGAGGAUUGUAGAACUUUUCGGCCUCUUUCUUAUUCUACUCGCCUCGGUUUACGGUCGGGACGUUUUUUUCGGAGUAGUAAGGAACAUCCCGCGGCAACGGCGUCUUAACGCAGAACAAAACACGCUCACAAACAACAGCGUGUGUCAGCGUCGAUUUUAUCCGACAAAAUGGAGACUAUGCUACUGUGUUGUUAGCUUGCAGGUUUUGUCACUUCUAUAGUCGAGUAUCCUUCAUGUUGCCACCGACCAAUGAGCAACAAGCAGUGCCACCAGAAAAAUAAAAAAAAGGUACCAAGUGUAGUACCUGCUUCCGCCAGUGGAAAAUGUGGCGCAACAAAAAUGUUUUGGUACACUAUUGGUCACUUCAUUAGGUACACUUACGCAAUCUAAUUGUUUAUGGGACAAUAUCCCGACUGGGACCACGCAGUUUUGUGUGUCUUCAGGUUUAAUGCUAACGAGCUGUGUUCAUCCACAACAUACUUGCCAACCUUGAGACCUCCGAAUUCGGGGUAUGGGGAGGGGUGUAUACAUUAUUCAAGUAUUUCUAAAAAUACUUGAAGUUGAAAAACUUAUUCGGGUGUUACUAUUUAGUGGUCAAUUGUACGGAAUAUGUACUGUACUGAGCAAUCUACUAAUAAAAGUUUCCAUCAAUCAUUUCAAUCUUAUAUAUAUAUAUAUAUAUGUAUGUAUACACAUAUAUACAUAUAUAUACACACAUAUAUAUAUACAUAUACAUACACACACACACACACACAUAUAUACACACAUAUAUAUAUGUGUACAUAUAUACCUACAUAUAGAUACUUACAUUUAUAUAUACAUAUGCAUAUACAUACAUAUGUAUAUAACUUUAACAUAUAUUAAAGUUAAAGUACCAAUGAUUUCUCACACACAAGGUA